CUUGCAUAAAAGGUGACUUUUCAAAUUGUCGUACUCCAUAUCUAUGAUGAAUUUGGUAUCACAUGUCUAUAUUUGAGGUCGGAGAACGGUGCUUAUUGCGGGUUCCCGCUGGAUUGUGAGUAUCUCGCACGUCCUUGGCGGUGUUGGGGACCUUGAGUGCAUUCCACUAAGUGCCUUCUUUCAAGUGCGUGGCAGAACGGUCCAGAGAAACGUAGGUGUGCGGAGAUGCCGGACGAUUUGGCACGGAGCUUGUUUGCUUUUCGGGGGCAAGACGCUGAUAGAAGCAUGCUUGCUGAGAGGUGUUGGCGUGUGGAAGUCAGGUACGUGGUAAGACCCAAGCUCCAGGAGAUGGUUCCUUCUUGCCUUUCGCAGGCGAUGGGAGCACUGCGGUAUUUGCUGGGGCUUGAAUAUGUGCAGAAAUGGGGGCGUCAUCAAAGCAGGAUCGUGUGCAUUCGCGGCGCUGCUUGGCGCCGCUUGGGUUGGCGGAAGCAAUUGACAGGAGAAUGUCGAUCGGCGCUGAAGUGGUGACUUGGAUUUGACGGAAGGUGGGAGUGGGUGACUGCUGUUUGG